AGGCUACGUCACAGGGAAUUUCCAGUAAGGAAGUUAAGCUGUCUAUUCAAACGUCGAGUUGAUCUUGGCAUGAUUUACUGUGAUCAUACGCGACAGGCGAUUAAAAUCGAUUGAUCGAUGUGCCUUUUAACCUCAGUGGGCCUUCUGCAUAUCCAUGUCUAGCAGACGCAACAAUCAUCCUGAAUAAGGAAACUACCUUGAACUGACUGUCUAUGUGCUUACAUUAGUUGACUUCAGCGCAACAUGGAGAAAUAAGCUGUAACAAAUAAGAAAACUUGACUCGGAAUCCCAGAUCCCAGCUGUUUGAUGUUGAUCCUGAACCUCGAAUAUCUGUCAGGAAAGUGCUGCUGAACUUCCUACUUCUGCCUCAGAGGCCAAAUGCACAUUUCAGCUCUCAAGGACUAUUGAUUAACUGGUUUGGGAAUCAUGGCUGGAGAGGACCCAUACCAUGCAGGGUUCAUGGAACAAAUUGAGUUCCCUAACGACACAAUGUGGAUGACCAUGGACCCGACACCAUUUCAGGGCAUUCACAACAAUAAUGUUAUGAGAACAGUUGACGGACCUUGUCUGCGAAUCAUCGAACAACCAAAACAGAGGGGCUUCAGGUUCCGCUAUGGUUGUGAAGGCCCCUCCCACGGCGGACUCCCAGGGGCCUCCAGUGAGAAGAACAGGAAGUCUUACCCACAAGUGAAGAUCUGUAACUACCAGGGAGCAGCACGAGUGGUUGUUCAGCUGGUGACCAACUCUCCGGACCCCCAUCUCCAUGCUCACAGUCUGGUGGGCAAACAGUGUGAUAAAGGAAUCUGCAUUGCCGACUUGCAGCCCAAAGAUUCAGUUAUCAGUUUUCCUAACUUGGGCAUUUUGCAUGUGACAAAGAAGAACGUAAGUAAAGUUUUGGAGGAGAGGAUGAUUGAGGCCUACAGGAUGGGAUAUAACUACGGCAUAUCCAUUCAUCCUGAAAUAGAUGGCCUACAGGGAGAAGUCCGCAUUCCCAGAGAAAUCACAGAUCCUGCGAGGGGCCUGAUUAGCAAUGCAGCCAAUCAACAGUCGAAAGAGAUGGACCUGAGCGUGGUACGGCUCAUGUUCACAGCCUUCCUGCCCGAUAGUGAUGGAGGGUUCUCCCGCAGACUGGAGCCGGUCAUUUCAGACCCCAUCUUUGACAGCAAAGCCCCAAAUGCCUCCAAUCUGAAGAUAGUGCGGAUGGAUCGGACUGCCGGCUGUGUGACGGGAGGAGAGGAGGUCUAUCUACUAUGUGACAAAGUCCAGAAAGAUGACAUUCAGGUGCGGUUUUAUGAAGAUGAUGAUUCAGGUCUGACCUGGGAGGCCUAUGGGGAUUUCUCUCCCACUGACGUCCACAGACAGUUUGCCAUCGUCUUCAAGACACCUAAAUAUCGGGACCAGAACCUCCAGAAGCCCAUCUCUGUGUUUGUGCAGCUCAAGAGGAAGUCAGACAAUGAAACGAGCGAACCUAAGCCAUUCACCUACCAUCCACAGAUUAUAGACAAAGAAGAAGUCCAGAGAAAGAGGCAAAAGACCCUGCCAAAUUUCCAGGACUACAGUGGUGCAGGAGGCGGAGCUGGAGGCAUGUUUAGAGGAGGAGGGGGUGGGUCGACAGCAGGGGGCGGCCCCAGUGGAGGAGGAGGACAUUUCUUCCAGGGAUAUCCAAAUUAUAACAAUUUUGGGUCUGGAUACAACUUCUCCUCAGGCAUGGGAGGAGGCGGGAACACCAUCAAGCAUACAUGUCAAGACCCAGUAGAAGACAGCGAUGAGGAUAGCGACAGUGAUACGGAUGAUGAUCCCGCUUCAGGUGGAGUGGUGCGAAUUUGUGCACAACAUGAACUUGUUCCCCUGAAUCUGGGUGUGGCGAGUGAUGAUACGCAGCCUACAGAAGAUCUUGAGUUAGACGCCACAGGCUAUGUGUUAGAGUCACAUUUGGCUGAACUAGCUGGAAGACAGGCUCAAGCUCUCUUUCAUUACGCAUUAAGUGGUGAUGCUAGAAUGCUUUUGGCUCCACAGCGCCCCCUCAUGACCACUCAAGAUGAGAACGGAGACACGGGUUUACAUCUGGGAGUGAUCCACAGUCAGACAGAUGCUGUGCGAAAUCUAGCUCAAGUCAUCUCUGCUCUCCCUGGAGAGGAUGUACUCAACAUGAGGAAUGAUCUCUACCAGACUCCUUUGCACCUAGCAGUGUUGACGCAGCAGACAGAGGUAGUCGAGGCCUUAUUGGAGGCCAAGGUGGAUGUCACACUGACAGAUCGCCAUGGAAACACGGCACUUCACCUAGCGGCUCAACAGAAAGAGGAAAACAUGCUGCGAUUGCUGCUAAAGCACAAGUCAGUGGCGCAGUUAACUAACAUCCCCAACACAGCAGGUCUCUGUCCGCUCCACCUGGCUGUAAAGGCGAACAGUUUGAGUUGUGUUCGGGCCCUCCUGGAUGGAGGGGCAGAUGUAGAGGUUCAGGAGCUUACAUGUGGCCGCACAGCACUCCAUCUGGCCACAGAGCUGGGCAACCUUUCCCUAGCGGGCUGCCUUCUGCUGGAGGGUGAUGCAUAUGUAGACAGCGUCACCUAUAACGGCUCCACUCCUCUGCACAUUGCUGCAGGACGAGACUCAAGCAAACUGAGCGCACUUCUAAUGGCUGCGGGAGCAGAUCCUCAUAAGGAGAACUUUGAACCACUGUUCUUUAAAGAUGAUGAGCUGUGUGGCACAUGUGAGGAUGAGGAGGAGGAUGAAGGCUAUAUUCCUGGGACGACCCCUCUGAACAUGGCAAUUUCCCCAGAGGUGUAUGAUAUUCUCAAUGGAGAAGAGUAUCAGCCCACCACCAUUGUCGUUCAGCCGCAAGGUGACAUGAAUAGCUUGAGCUCUGACACAAAGCAGGAGCUGUGCCAGGCACUGGAGGGGCAGACAGAAGGCUGGGAGAGUCUGGCUCAUGCUCUGGGCCUUGGUAUCCUGACCAGUGCCUUCAGACUCAGCUCCUGCCCUGCUGGAAAGCUGCUGGACAGCUACGAGGUGUCUGGUGGAACGGUGCAUGAGCUGGUGGAGGGACUGAAGCAUAUUGGGAACAGCAGUGCUGUCAGUUUACUCCAGGCUGUGUGUAAGGAGACUGAAGCUGUCCAGACCACGCCUCAGCUCACAGGUCCAGGGCUCUGUAAGUCCAUUCAGGGUUUGACACUGGGCCCCCAUCAGGAGGAGAGUGGGAUAUGCGACAGCGGGGUGGAGACUUCUUUCUAGACCCACAGCCUUGGUUUCGCCGACUCCAAACACAAUCGCACAAGCUGAGGCCUGACCCUAAAGACCAGCUUCUCCCUCCUCACUACAGCAGCAGUGCCACUCAACUUCAGGACACGCCUCCAAAAUCUUUGAUGGGCGACCGCCCACUGUGGAUGCUCCUCAGCCACACCCAAAAUGCAAAUGAACUCUGAGGAGUCCUUAAGCUGGGGACUUCUCUGGCAAUGGGGAUUUUCUUCCCUUUUUUUUUUUUUUUUUAAGCUUUUAAAAUGAAUAAUACCAAAAAGCACUUAUUUGAACAUUUUAUUUUUCCUUUUAUAAGAGCUAUACUGUCUUGGUCAUUUUUUUAAAUUUCCAAAGUGGCUGUUUUUAUUUGUGGUUAAGCUGAGCAAUGACGUCUAAAGCCCAGAUGUUACAUCAAGAAACUAAUAUUUAGGUGGUUUACGAUGUCUUGCACAUUAUUUAGAUUCUCAGGCCUGAUUUGCAAAAAAAAAAAAAAAAAAAAAAAAAAAAAAAAACAUUUAUUGCCUGAAUUGUUUAUAAAUACAUUUUUUUUUUUUUUACGUCUGGUUUGUUAAGUCUGGCCUCAACUAUUUGUUUCCUUUGUUAAUAAAUAUUAACAAACAAUCUGAUUUAAGAAUGGCAUCUUCAGUUUAGAUAACCUAUUAUGCAGACUUCCUCAAAGUCAUUUGCUUACAAACGGUUUUCAUUUGGAGCUGCAAUGCAGUGACAUACAGGAAGAGGUCUACUGGAUUAUUAUGACCCUCUGGACCAAUCGAAUCUGUUGGAUGAUGGAAAAAGCUCUUCCCUUUAUAAAAGACCCUCCAAAAAGAACUGUUCUGCUGCCAUCCCUCACCCCUUCAGCUGUUAUUUGGGUUGGCAAUGGAAUUUAUUUCGCAUUUAGUGGUGCUACCUGUAAUUUCUCAUUUUUGCUCACGGGUUCUGGAAAAAAAAUCAUAAGCUUUGAGAGAAUAUUUUCUCUUCCACUUGUUUGAUUGAUUAAAAAAACACGAGGGUCAGUCCUGAGCAGUGAUUGAAGUGUGUUUGACUAGAUUUUGAUGGAACGUGUGUGUAUGUGUGAGAGAGAGAGAGUGACUUUAAGGAGCUUUACGGAAUGUGUGUGAGGAUUGCUUCAACCAGAUGCCUCAAGUGCCCUUUAUGAAAUAUUUGUAGUUACAUUUUUCUUGCUUUAAAAAAAGUUAAAUCUCAUUCCCUUCUGUUGUGUGUGAACUCAGGCUGAGGCUGUAUAAGUAUCACUGAGAUAAUAUGCUGAUCCAAAUCAGGUGUCUUUCUUUUUGCUUUGUGAAAUGUUCUAAACAUGGCCUACGACCUUUGAACUGACUUGGGGACUUGCGUGUCUCCAAAAUGCUUUUAGCUGCCGUAAUAUUUUCAUACUAUAGUGAAUAAUGUUAAAAAGAGCAACAAAACCAUCCAAAACCCCAGACUAAAGGUUUGACAGGCACUGUAAUGUAUUUUUGGCUGUAAAUUGGUAUUUAUGUCUGUACCCUGUGAAUCAGUGUUGUACAGAGGGAAAAUUGUGUGUGCUUUGUAACUGGUUUUAUUGUGAUACUUUUAUAAUAAAACGAUUAAUUGUGUA